GUGUACAUUAUACCGUCGAGUGUUGCCGAACUACCGAACAGUUACGAACCUUUGUCGUCGGGUGUCGUGUGCACAGGAUCGUAAGCAUUUUGGUUGGGACACGGUAAUGUCGUGGGCCGGAGUUGGGGUCAUGGGUCCAUGACCAUGAUAGACCGUGAAUCGUGAUUAACACCUAUAAAAUAUUCCAAUACCCAUGCCAUCCCCCCCUCAGCACCACUGUCCGAGGUAUAGAGUAGAGGAUAGGAUGUUUUACGCGUUAUCCAUAAUAUUGUACAUUUUGUGAUCUUGUUGGUGCGCGCCCAUGUUCUGUCUACCUCUAUACUUGACCGAAACCGCUCUACCUACUUCAAACAAGAAAUCAUUUGUGACAAUUUAAUUUGAUUAUGUCAAAACUAUGGCGGACGUUCAUCAAAUGGCGUUUCAUCGCCACUAUCAUGUUCAACAAGUUUAAGGGAUAUCUGGCCAACACUGUCGUAAGAUAUCUGAAGCCACGGAGGAAAAUGACUGUUAUUAUUGAACAAGGUACUUUACAAGGAAUUCACUACAAAACACAAGCGUCAAAUAAGCCUUACAUCAGUUUUCUAGGCAUACCCUAUGCUAAACCACCUGUUGGAAACUUGAGAUUUAAGCCUCCUAUCAAACAUCCAGGAUGGUCUGGCAUACUAAAAGCAUUUUCAGUAGGAAAUAUGUGCAUGCAGUAUUCUUUUAUGAAGAAAAAAAUUGCUGGAAAUGAAGAUUGUUUAUAUUUAAACAUAUUUGUACCUCAAGAAGAAUUAAAAGAAAAAAAAGCAGUUAUGGUGUUUAUACACGGUGGUGCGUUCAACAACGGAUCUGCAUCAUCAGAUUUUUACUCCCCUGAAUAUUUGAUUGAUGAAAAUGUUAUCAUAGUCACAAUCAACUAUCGACUGAAUGCUCUUGGAUUUCUCAACUUUGAUAUUGACGAAUGUCCUGGCAAUAUGGGUUUAAAAGAUCAAUUGUUUGCAAUUAAAUGGGUAAAAGCUAAUAUUAAUGCGUUUGGAGGUGAUGCUCAAAACAUAACAAUUUUUGGGGAGAGUGCAGGAUCAGCAUCUGUUCAUUGUCACAUGUUAUCUCCACAAUCCACAGGAUUAUUUCAAAAGGCCAUCAUGCAAAGUGGAUGUAUGUUUAAUUCAUGGGCAUUCACUGAAAAACACAGAGAAGCAGCUUUCAAGUUGGCCAAAAAUUUAGGUUGUGUAAAAGAUGAUCCUAAAGAAGUUGUUCAAUUCUUGCUCAGUGUUCCAGCCAUUGAUAUCGUCAAGUUGACUAAAAUUGAGGGCAAAACUGAUUUUCAAGAUUAUGAAUUUAUUCCGUCUGUUGAAAGUGAAGCGGUUAGUGACAAAUUUUUACCUGCUCAUCCUGAAACUUUAGUCAAAACUGCAUCAACAGUACCUGUAAUAACUGGAAUCAACAACAUGGAAGGACUGAUAGCUUUUGGAGAGCAUAAAAUGAAGAAAAUUCUUAAUGACACCGAAGAAAUUCAUGAAUUAUUUCAAAGGAACUAUAGUAAAGAAAUUAUUAACAAAGUAAAGAACUUUUACUUCAACGAAUGUAACAUGGAAUGCGAAACUAAUAGAUUGGAAAAUAUAUGUCAUCUCUACAGUGAUUUAUAUUUUUCUAAAGAUUUUCAUCGCGGUUAUGAUCAAAUUCUCAAACGAAACAUCUCACCUGUUUACAGUUACGAGUUUAAAUUUGAUGGAGAAAUCAAUAUUUGCAAAACCAUUCUGUUUUAUCUAAGGCCAACUUUUAAACCAUUAAGAGGUGCAUGUCACGCUGACGAAUUGAGUUAUUUGUUUCACGGACGAUUGUUUGGAUUUGCACCCAAGGCCAAUUCACCAGAGUUAAGAAUGUGUAGAACAAUGAGUAAAUUGUGGACCAAUUUUGCUAAAACUGGAAAUCCAAAUUCACAAGAUUUAUGUUUUGAAUGGAAAAAUACGAUUGCAGAAGAACCGAAAUAUUUGUCUUUAGAUGGAGACAAUACAUGCAUGGUUAAUGGAUUAUUGAACGGUUCCAGGGUGCGUUUUUGGGAAAACAUCAGAAACAGCUAGAUUGCAAUAUAAAUAAUGAUUCUUUUUUUUUUUUUUGAUAUUUGUAAAAGAUUAUCUAUACAUUCCCUUAAUGUCAAUUGAUCAUUCAGUAAUAUUUUGAAAUAUAUAUUUUAUGAAAUAGACAAUUAGCCAGCUUUAUCUUAGUCUAACUGUCUAAGCAAAAACUCUAUAGUAUGGUUUUAAUUUUAGUCAUAAGAAAAGAUUAACUUAUUUCCAUAUAAUUAAAAAUAUAUUUUUUUCUUCCAAAACAACA